GGACCAUUCUGUCCGUCACUGACGGACCUCCAUUUUCAUGACGACCGACAGAAACAUGCUCUGGCUUUCUCUUGUCUGUUCGCGGGGCUGAAUACAAAGCAGGGUUGCUUCCAUUGACUGUAUAUGGAAACACGUUGUGCUUCCUGUACAGUAGGUGGCGGUAUUCACGAAAGAGCUGUAAUCUGACAAAUGAAUCAAAAAUAAAAUGAUGAUGACGAUCAUAGACAGGAGUAGGAUUGUAGCUUAGUUGGAUUGGAUUCUACCCUUGGACAAAAUGCGAAGGUUAAGGUAUGAAGUUCCCCGUGGAUUUCCUGGCAAAUGUCAGCCAGGCCGAGCUGGAAGCAUCAGCACACAACUACCUGAACAACCUCCUUCACAACAACACAGAUUCUGCCGAGCAACUUAUCCUCACCGACUCCACCAAGGUUAGUGUAGACAUUUCCAGGGUAGGCUAUGUUCCUCUGUAUGGUUCCGGUGACAAAACGAGGAUGCUGGCCCUCUUUUCCCCUGCUGACCCGCUCACUGCUGUGGCUCUGUACCUGUUGGACCAGUGGUGGACCGUGGACGAUAUUCUCAAGACAUCUGACCUUGCUCGAGAUGGAGUUGUUGAGGUGGAGACCGUUGGAGAGAGAAUAGUGUUAUAUGUUUUGAAUCGGGUGAUCUACAGAGUAAGGGAGAUGAACUCUGAAGAGGAACUUCCCUUCCUCUGCCAUGGGGAGAAGGAUUAUGCAAAGAUUUGCUGGAGUAAUGGAGAGGCUGUUGGCUUCUACUCAGUCAAACCCUCAGGAAGUUUACAUAAUUAUCUUUCAACAAGAAGAUAUCAACUUCCUGUCAUGGACUCUCUGUUUGUGAGAAAAUGUCAUCGUGGUAAUGGCUUCGGCCUACGCAUGCUGGAGGACUUUGUGCUGAGUUUUCAAGAUGGCUGUGUGGGAUUGAGGUAUCCGCUCACCAAAGCCAUGUACAAAAUGUGUGAGAAGUACCUGUGUCAGUACCCUGAAGACACAGACCUACUUUGGGAGGUGGAGGGUGUGGGUGGACCAAACCAGAUGUUCAAUAUUAGCAAGAGGGUUCAGACCAUAGAUUUGAGGGCGGUAUCAACAGAUGUAUUACUUACUGCGACACCACAAGAGGUCACGAGAGAGACAAAAAAGGAAGUGGCCAAUGAGCCAAUUGCCACCGAGCAGACCAAAGAAGCCAAAUCUAUGGCAUAUAAAGUUGAAACUGUGUUGCAGGAAGAAGUGUUGGUGUCUAGCGCUGCUAGAGACACUAGUGACAAGCCUGUUGCAACUCGGACUACAAGCAGUGGCCAAAAGCAAGCAAAGACAGUUGAUAAGAUUGCAGAAAGCCAACCUAAAAAAGUUGUCAGAGUUGAAGAUAUUGAAGCAGAAACCCCAGAGGAACGUGUUUCUAGGAAAGAGAGGACUCCUCUUUUGUCUGAUUUGGCGGUGACUGAGGAAAUAUUUAGUACCCGUACUGAAGAAAAGAGAAAAGAUUACGUUGGCAUUGCCGUUGAAGAACUGGUGGAGGUAACCACCACUUUAACUCCACAAGAACCUGAGGAUGCGCCAGCACUUGCUGCAGAGUGUCGAGACACAGAGACCGCGAUGGAUACUUGCUGUGAUUCUCAAAUGAGAAUCGAAAAUGUGUCAGAAAUGGAAGGAUUUGAAGAGGAGUCUCAGCAAGAGGACACAGCCGGAGAAGAAUUGCCUAUGACUAUUGAUGAAACAUUUGAGGGAGAAGAGAAUUGUCUUUCUGGGGGAUAUGAUGAAGAGCAACACGAGUCAACAGUUUUGCCUUUGAGAGGAAGAUGCAAGGGCGCUCUUGAAGAAAUGAACCCAUGUGGUCAAGAAAGACCAGUUGAGGAACUGAGUUCUCUGGGAAAAGGUGAUGCUCUAAAGGCAGGGAAGGAAGAAAUUACAUCUAUGCCUGAAGUAAACCUGGAAGAGAGGCGGGAAGAACAGGAAGAUGAAAACAAUAAAGGAAUGGCAGAGGCUGUAACUGUGUCAAGAGAUAAUGGGAAAGAUGCAGAUAAUUUGACGCUAGAGCUUAACACAGUUGCUGUUGCUGUGGAAAAAGGCAAGGCAGGUGAAGACCAGACUGUCGCAUCGAAAACAGAAUCAUCUCAGAAAGAAGGCACUGAACUUCCCAAGCUCCAGAAAGCCACAGUGAUCCUUGUGAAUUUGAAAACAACACAUCAUCAACUUUGUGUGAAAAAAGUGGAAAAAACAACAGCCCCUGGAGAGUGUGCUGGAUUACAAAAGGAGGAGACGGUGGAAGCAAGAGAGGAAAAGGAUGAGUCCAGUUCGGUUGGGGAGGAACCCAAGACAGAAAAGCCUGAAACAGAUUCAGAGGAAAACAGGACACGAGAAUCAAUCGGUCAAGUUUUUACAACUUCAGAUACAGACAUUGUUAAACUAAAAGACGAUAUUGCCAAAAAUCAAAAUGAGGAAAAUGUCGAUGAAAUGGAAGAAGUGCCAGUCAUUGAAAUAAGAGUUCUUAGGAGUGGUAGGAAGAAGGUUGAAACGAGCUGCAAGCCAACAAGCAGAAGCAAAAAACAUCAGGCAGAAGACAAAUGUGAUAUUCCUGUAAAGGAAUCCGAUCGAUCACGUGACAUUAUGAUGGAAGAAGAGUCUACGGCUGUCACAAAAGACACAGAGCUGGGCAAACAAGCUGCAAUUUCAGAGGCAUCCGUAAAUAUAACGAGAGUCAUCACAGAGAAGGUGACAACAAUGGAAGACAAUUCAGCGAGUAUGAUGGCGGAUUCAAACGAUGUCGUCCAAGCAAAGAAUCCCGUCCCCCCACUUGAGGAGGAAACGGAACUUACUGCAGCAGAACAAAUGGUGUCAAAGAUACAGGAUCUGAAAGCCGUUGAUGUGGUUUUAGUAGACGACAGAGUCCAAGAUCAAACUUCUGCUGAAAAUGGAGAUGAGCACGAGGAGCAGACAAACAAGGGAACCACGGCAGAGAAAAAUGUUACUAAUUCACCUGUGGAAACUGAGCAGGAAGACCCGGUUAUGGAAGAGUGCACAAAGGGAACACAAGUUCAAGUGAUAGGUCAUGAGGGAAAAGCUGGAGAAGCAAAUGCAUUUAAUCAACAGAUAUAUGAUCAGAAAGGGAGCCUUGAGGAGAAGGAUGUUGACCUCCAAAUGGAAACCACAGAACUAAAAACAGACAUUGAGAAAGAAAACACUGUGUUGAAAGACUGUGUUGUGGAACAAGAGAAAGUUCAACAAGGACAAAAAGGGAAAUGUGAGGCAAGUGAACAGGAGGUUGCAACCAGAGACACUCCUGAGAUGGGGAGCACCUCCAAUGAUCCUGCGCAAGAAUCCAUGACAACACAAGGCGCAGUAGAACAGCAUCAACAGACCCAACGUGCAUUUGCCAACAUUGAAUCAGGGGACAGUGUGCAAGUGAAAAAGGUGGAAGAAUUUACAACUACGGUUGAUCAAAGUACCGAAGCGAAGAGCUCCGUGGAAAAGAAGGCAGAUCUUGGUAAACCAGAAGCAGAAAGGGUUCCGAGUCAAGGAAAGAAGUCUGUUUCUGCUAGCAAGCGACGUAAAUCCAAAAGAAAGCAUAAGUUAGAAGGAGAACAAGAAGAAACUGCUGCACUUGAAGAAAUGCAGGUUGAGCAAAUAGGAGAGCUACUGAAAGAAGCUGAUGACCAAGUUGUUAGUGGGGGAAUCGCAGAAAGGCAUGAGGAGGAAGAUAUGACUCAGAGGGAAGAAUAUACCGAGCCAAAGGUUCAGAUUGAAAAAGAAGAAUCGAAGCCACAUCCCAAGAUACGGGAAGAGGGACAUACGUUUAUUGCAGAGAUAGAUCAAACCGAUGAAAGGAUAACCGUUUCAGAUGAGGAAAAGGUUGCUGAUCCCGCAAUAAAAACAAGAGUCCUGAGGAAAAGAAAAAAGUCUGCUUCCAUCACCACUCUGCCAAGAUCCAAGAGAGUCUGCACAAACUCUCAAAUAGAGAAGCCAAAGAUUUAGAAGUUAUCGGGCUACCAAUGUAAGACCAGGGGUGUGAGGAGAAAAAAGAGAACCAAACAACAACCAAAAAAAAAAAAAAAGAGGAAACUCCAGGCUCAGAAAUUGUACAUACUGUCAUUGAUGAAGAUUGAAUUCUUGGAGAUGGCACAGCUAGAAACUCCAGUAACAGUGCUCAGGAGCAAAAUAAAAGCUCAUACAAAGAUCAGAAACAAGCAAAGACCUCAUGGAAACUGACAUCACGUCUCUGGAUCAUGAAACCAAAACGCUCAUUCUGUUCACUGAUGAUACACCUGAAAACUGAGAUGGAAUCACAAAAGAAGAGCUUCUUACCAGCGUAAAGUUUGAGACCAGACUGAGGGAACACCAAAGAUGAUUGAUGACAGCCUUAUUGAUCGGGCAACUGAAGAAAUAUAAGACAAAGCACAAAGAAAGUACUUAAAAAAGAGACCAAAGGUGGAUCAUGAUGAGAUGGAGAAAGAUGAAAAGACCGACAAGAAAAAAAACAAACAUGGACGAUAGAUAGAGACUUAGACUAAAGGCACACAGAUGUUACAUGAACAAUGUUUCAAUUUUUUGUUGUUUUUUUUUUUUUUUGAAUCCCCAUUUAAUAUUUUUACCUUGUCUGUUUUAAUUGUGCAUUUGGUUUCGUCUUCAUGUUUUUGGCUUUAGAGCCCCAAAUUAUAUUUCUGUGAAAAUAAUGUACCAUAGUUGUAAGAAAUAAUUGUUAUUUGUAUACCCCAAAAGGUCUUCCCAAAAUUCCCCAACUUACCGGGCCACAGUGAUGAAUCAAACUCAAGAGCAGUAUAUGCUGUAUAUUUGCUAUUCAACAAAGACAACAAAAGAAGUCAAAUAAGCCAUGCCAGUAAGUGUGCACAAAUGUAUCAGCGUUGCUGUUAAAGGCAUGCAGAAAAUUUAGUAUGAGCGUGAGUGUUGUCACAGUAUGAGAGCUCUUCUGCUCAAGUACUGAUUUAAAAGGCCUAAAGUAACCCACCAAAAGUUACCAUUACAUCUGAUGUGCUCUCAGCGAUGGAAUUAAAAAUCUAAACAACUCAGCAUUUUGGUUGUGAAUAGAACGUGUAUGAUUAUUCAGUCAAUUGUUUUAAAAGGGUAAAAGUGACAAAAUACCAAGUAAUGUUUGCAGGCCCGUAUGAAUUUAUCUUAUUUUCUCAUAAUCCAAGAUGCAUUGUUUUUUUCUGAAAUAAAAUGUAUUGCACUAAUUUGCAGGAUUUUUAGCGAUAUGACGUAUACAGUAUUUAUGUAACCUUGGCCUGAGCGACCUUAAUCUACCUGUGGUUGAAAUGAUCAGUGCCCUCUUAGGCAUGGAGACACAUGCACACUAUGACAAAACAUCAGAUUGUUUCUUCUGUGUUUUGUUUUACUGGCACUGUGUCUGCCACAAUUUCCAGUUUCCGAUUUAUUUUGUUUUCCCCAGACACAUUAACAUUGUUCAGCAAUUUGGUUAAGGUCGCUGUGAGUUCAAUUGGGAUGAUUUUUGAUCAUCUUCAUCAAUUUUCAGUGUACUAUUAUUAUGUGUUGCAAUUAUUAUGACGAGAUGGAAGUUGAGAUUUGAGUGACAUUCUGACAGAAGUGUUUACGACUGUGAGGCCAUUGCAGACCUGAUGUUAAAGAAAAAAAGAAAAGCAUUUCUGUUUUUGGUCAGACUGUAAAAUAAAGAUUCCAUAAGACCUUUUCA